AUGUCGAAUUCAAUUGGAUUUGAGGAGGAAAAUGAUACAGCUUGUGAUGCAACGUCCAAAGUCAAGCAACUGCGCUCGGCACUGAGUUUGAACUCAUCGUCGUCAAGACGCAAUUCAUUAGAAAGAAUGUCACACGAUGAAGGUAUCUCGUCACCAACCAGCAGCAUUAAUUAUAUGUCAUCUUCAUCAACAAAAUCACCACCACCUUCACCUCCGAAAUCUCCACGUUUGGAAAACACCAAAAAGAUGUUCAAAAUGAUGUCUAUUACAUCGCCCAUGGGAUCGCUGAGCGAGUCAGUGGUGCUCUCUGAUUCAGACGAAAGAAGUUCUUUGGAAUUACAAGAGCGAGGUACUAUCACUCCAUCAAGACAUAUGGAGAUAAAUCAGAGCUCCGAUGAAGAUGAUACAGAAUUUGAUUCCACGAGAUUGAGGUUUUCGGCCCGCAAAGGUCGUAGAAAGAGUGGGACUGACGAGGAGAGUCCUAGCAAACGAUCUAUAAAACUUUCAAGGGGGGCAUCACCAGCACGAAAAGGGCGCAGAAGAGGUAGCAGUCCUUCUCCUCACUCUGAUACAAACACCCAAGGGAAAUCAUCUUCCACAAGUAAACGCAAGUUACGUAGAAAAUCAAAGGAGAGUGAUAAGUCUCAUAGGUCUGAAUUUUUUGGUACAGGAUAUACAUCCAUGCCAACAUCCGGGAAAGUAUUUAGAAAUUUGCUAAUAUUGGAAGAGAAUCUUAGAGAGCAGGUGAUACAGCAGCGAGCCAUGAGACGCAAAUAUUUGACAUUUUUAAGUAUAUUGUGCUCCAUCAUUGCCGCAUUGUCACAUCAUUUAUUUUUCUUAGAUAACUCAUCUACGGGUACUUUGAAAGUCAUUUUGCAAUUCUGCUUAUUGGCGACAAUAGUAACAUUGAUGUUGUACCAUUUAUCAGGGGAAUACCAGAAAACUAUUGUGCUACCACGAAGGUUUUUAUCACUGACAAAUCAAGGUUUGAGACAAUUAAAUGUUAGGUUGGUUAAGAUAAAAACGCCAUUUUUCGACAAGUUGACCGAUUUGAUUAGAGAAAUUCUGUUGGCAAUUGUCAAUUUUAAUUUAAGUGUUUUCCACAAAUUGUCACCUGAAUCGAUUCAAAAUAAGAAUUCGAAAAUAGAAGUAUUUUUAGUGACUUGUCAAUCUCAAUGCCAACCCAGAAUAGGUGUUACUGACGUUAAGUUAGUGUUGAAUGCAAGAGUUUUCAAUACUGAUAUCAGAGAAGGUUGGGAAAUGUACCGAAGUGAGUUUUGGAUAAAUGAAGGUAUAAGAAGAAGAAAUAAUAUGCUUUCUUUCAUUUCUGGCUCUCCUGUAGCCAAGCCUGUUGGUUUGAAGAGAAGAAAAAGAAAAUCUGAAAAUAAUGACUCGUCCAUUAAACCAAAGAGCAUCCCUGCUUCAUUAAGUGAACAAAACUUGCAGGUACUUAGUAGUGGAUUUGAGUAUAACAAUGACAAUAAUGUUGAUCUCAGAAGUGAAACAAGCAGCCCAUUAAGAUCAGAUACUUUGGUUAGUGAUUAA